CACCCUACUUUCUCUUUCUAAGCCUCUUUCUCUCUCCUCUUUUUGCUGGUUCUCUCUCUUUCUCUCUCAUCCUUUGUGUUUUCAAUUUACUGUGGGGGGAUGGAGCUUGCCUUAGGGUUAGGCGAUGGGUCUCAAUCUCUGGUCCUCAUGGAGAGAUAUAAUAGCAGUAGCAGCAAGAGGAGCAGUGGUAAUGGAGGUUUAGGGUUUCAGAUGUGUCUUGGAAAUGAAGAGAGACACCCUCCUGUUCAGCUUGACCUUCUCCCUCUAGGUCCAGUUCCUCGGCCAUGGCCAUCUGAAAAUGGAAAUUCAGAGGCCGAGACGCGAUCCUCGGGCCACGCGGCCUCAACCAGGGGUUUUGACGUUAACCUGAUUCCGUCAACUGAAGACGGUGAUGAGGAAACGGCCGUCUCCUCACCGAACUCUACCGUGUCCUCUUUCCAAAUGGAUUUCGCCAUGCUCCCCUAUCAUAAUAACUCCUCAAUUAACGGCGCAAAACGGGACAAUGACGCCGUCACUAACGACGUUGAAGGGGAGAGGAGAGGAAGCGAUGAAGAGGAGAAUGGGUUGACCAGAAAGAAGCUGAGGCUCUCUAAAGAACAGUCUGCUUAUUUAGAAGAGAGUUUCAAAGAACACAAUACCCUCAAUCCUAAGCAGAAGCUUGCUUUGGCAAAACAACUGAACCUGCGUGCACGCCAAGUAGAAGUAUGGUUUCAAAACAGGCGAGCCAGGACUAAGCUGAAACAAACAGAGGUGGACUGCGAGUAUUUAAAGAGGUGCUGUGAAACCCUAACCGAGGAAAACAGAAGGUUGCAGAAAGAGUUGCAGGAGUUGAGGGCCUUGAAAACCGCUCACCCUUUCUACAUGCACUUGCCUGCAACUACUCUCACCAUGUGCCCUUCUUGUGAGAGAGUGGCCUCCACAGAUAACACAGCUAGUAACAAGAUCCCUGGUGGUGGUUUUUCUCACUCUAAACCCCGGUUUUACCCCUUUUCUCAGCACAAGUCAGCUGCCUCCUAAAACCACCCCUUUCUCUCUCUAGAACCAUACUUUUUCCCCUCUUGUUUUACUCCCUCUUUCUCCAUGUAAAUUUCUCUCUAGAACCACCUUCCUCCCUCUCUCUAACGCUCUUUCUCUCUCUAGAACCACCUCUCUUUCUUUCUACAAACCCAUUCUCUUUCUGUCUCAAGAACCACCUCUCUCUCUCUACAAACCCAUU